AUGUAUACCCCAACCCGACGUAGUUUUAUUAGUGGAGUCGAUAGAGUAGCUAAUACGGUUAUUUUUGCUAUUGGCCCUAUAUUUAUCUUGCUGGCAAUAGGGUUGAUUGGGAUGGCAGCUCUGACAUAUUUUACGGUUGUCUUUCCUUAUUUUUAUAAAUGGGACGACGAUUAUAUUUGGACAAAAGUUUAUUAUUAUAUUGGCUUAAUAUUUAGUAUAUAUCUGGUUACUUGUAUAUUUUUUCAUUAUUACAUGGCGGUUAAAACAAAACCUGGAGGUGUAUUGAAUGCUGGAACUGCCGAAACGGAAUCAGAUGAUCCAACUUUACAAGGACUAUUUCUUGAAUUGGAAGAAUAUGCAGAAUUUCCAAAAACUCUUGACAUCGAAGCUGAGUGGGAUUAUUGGAUGCCAAGACCGUAUAUGGCUUUAUCAUUCUUGCUUGCUGUCGCGAUUGGAAUAGCGUUAGGAGGGAUGUGUUCAUGGCAUUAUUAUCUAGUUUUAACAUCGCAAACUACGGUGGAAUUUUACAACAAUCAAUACGCGAGACGUUCAGCUAAACAAAAAGGAGAGGUAUAUUCAAAUCCAUAUGAUUUGGGAUAUUUGAAUAAUUUUCGUCAAUUCUUUAACGUUGGCCAGAAUUUGUAA